CUUAUGAUUUAGAGCGUCCAGCCCCCGUUACACCGCCCCGCUCAGCUGCAGACCUGUUGUGUCGACCCUAGGAGCUGUUAAACCCGCGCUAACCCGUGCAAACCCGUGCAAACCCGUGCGAAUCAUGGCUAAAGACGUGACUCUGUACUGGGGCUCCGGCUCUGCGCCCUGUUGGAGGGUCAUGAUCGCUCUGGAGGAGAAGGCUCUGCAGGGAUACAACCACAAACUGCUCUCGUUUGACAAGAUGGAGCACAAGUCUCAGGAAGUUUUGAACCUGAAUCCCAGAGGACAGCUUCCAACUUUCAAACAUGGGGAUAACAUUGUGAAUGAAUCAUAUGGAGCCUGCUUAUACAUUGAGAAUCAGUUCAAGUCCCAGGGGAAUAAGCUGAUCCCAGACUCCUCUGCUGAGAUGGCCCUAAUGUAUCAGCGCAUGUUUGAGGGACUAAACCUCAACGACAAAAUCAAUGCGGUGGUGUAUUAUGAGUACUAUGUGCCUGAAGCGGAGAGGAACGAGUCUGUGCUAAAGAAACGCAAAGAUGACCUGGCCUCCGAGCUGAAGCUGUGGGAGGGUUACCUGGAGAAGUUGGGCCCUGGCUCGUGCUUGGCGGGUCAGCACUUCUCUCUGGCCGACGUGACAAUCUUCCCAGCGGUGGCUAACCUCGUCAGAUACGGGUUGUCGGCCGAUCGUUAUCCCAAACUGGCGCAGUAUCACGCUCUGCUCAAGGACCGGCCCAGCAUUAAAGCCAGCUGGCCCCCACACUGGCUGGAGAACCCACAAGGACAAGGCACGCUCAAAGACGUCUAGAAGUGAAGAGGAAGUAAACUUAACAGGAAAUGAGCAAGCAUCUGUAGUGAAAGUAAAUCAUCUGUUCUACUAACGUAAUGUGAGGAUGUUGUUUACUGUACCGUUUCAUUUCAGUUUAUGUCUGAAGCAUUUGCACUAUCGAUAUUAUUGCACUAGUACAGAAGACGCUGCCCUUCUAUAAUCCUGAAACUUCAAGCUCGCCACUAAAACUGUUAAAAGCACCUAUGGCCUUGUACCUCCUGAUCUCAUUGUACAGAAAUACAAUCAAGCUUUGCAAAAUA